ACUUAAUACUAAAUGAGAAGAAAAGAAACAUACAUUGACUUGUCAUAUGAGUAUAUAAAAGGCUGUAGUUUCCCGCCAGCACAGUUUGUACGCAGUGUGUGAGAGAGAGAGUGAAGAAGAUGUUGUGGGUAGACAAGUAUCGUCCCAAAACCCUAGACCAUGUUAUGGUUCACAGUGAUACCGCUCAAAAUCUCAAGAAAUUGGUUUCGGAACAUGAUUGUCCCCAUUUGCUGUUCUAUGGUCCAUCAGGUUCUGGCAAGAAAACCCUAAUCAUGGCUCUUCUCCGUCAAAUGUUUGGACCCGGUGCCGAAAAGGUGAAGGUGGAAAAUAGGGCAUGGAAAGUGGAUGCCGGGAGUAGAUCUAUUGAUUUAGAGCUGACAACAUUAUCAAGUGCCAAUCAUAUCGAAAUGACUCCGAGCGAUGCAGGCUUUCAGGAUAGAUACAUUGUGCAGGAAAUAAUCAAAGAAAUGGCUAAAAAUAGACCAAUUGAUACUAAAGGAAAGAAAGGAUUUAAAGUGCUUGUCCUUAAUGACGUGGACAAACUCUCUAGAGAAGCCCAGCAUUCUCUCCGCAGAACAAUGGAGAAAUAUAGCGCUUAUUGCAGAUUGAUUUUAUGUUGCAAUAGUUCUUCAAGAGUCACAGAAGCCAUCCGCUCCCGUUGUCUUAAUGUGCGAGUAAAUGCACCAAGUGAAGAACAGAUUGUUGACGUUUUACAGUUCAUUGGUAAAAAAGAAGGGCUGCAACUUCCUUCUAGUUUUGCCGCUCGCAUAGCAGAGAAAUCUAAUCGGAACUUGAGGAGGGCCAUAUUAUCAUUUGAGACUUGCCGCGUCCAACAGUAUCCUUUCACUGACAAACAAACAAUUUCCCCAAUGGACUGGGAGGAAUAUGUUUCAGAAAUUGCAUCUGACAUAAUGAAGGAACAGAGCCCAAAAAGGUUGUUUCAAGUUCGAGGAAAACUGUACGAGCUUCUAAUCAAUUGCAUUCCUCCCGAAAUCAUUUUGAAGAGGCUACUUUAUGAGCUAUUGAGAAAACUCGAUGCAGAACUUAAGCAUGAAGUCUGCCAUUGGGCAGCAUAUUAUGAACAUAGGAUGCGCCUUGGACAGAAGGCCAUUUUUCACAUCGAAGCAUUUGUGGCCAAGUUCAUGAGCGUCUAUAAAUCCUUCCUCAUUGCAACAUUCGGCUGAAGGAUGAUCAUUUGUGGCCAAGUUCAUGAGUGUAUAAAUCCUUCCUCAUCGCAACAUUUGGUUGAAGGAUGAUGAUUUUAUUUUCUAUGCUGUAUUUUGAUUGUACUAAUCGCUAGAUAUUUCUUUUGCUACUCUCUAACUAAGCUUUGUGCACUUCAUUAAAAUAGUUUCAUCGUGUAUUGAUGUAUUUCCAUAUACUAUAAUACUUUUUUUAGAAUAUAAAUUGGUUAAUUAUUUUGUAAUGGUAUGCAAAAGUUUUGAAUUGAUGCUGCC